CUGCAGAGUGAGCUAGUGGCCAGCGUGGGCGAUGACCGUCCACUAAUGCUUUUGGAGGUUAAGCAAAAGCGAAGGGCCUCCUUCUCGUCCUCUUCGUCUGGAAAAGCAGGCAAGGCGAAGCAACAUCACCAGGAUCCACUGUACUAUGUGUGCAGCGGCAUUGUGAGACCUCCACCUGCUCCUGGAAGCAACACCAGUACUCCAGCCUUUCCGUCGGCUGCUGCGCAGUUGGUUACAAAAGCACUUUCGCACGUGGGCCACCCAGGAAGCUUUGCUAUGCACAAGACCCUUGCUAGUGACGGGUUCUGCGAUCUCGCAGCUCAUCAUGCCACCGAUCUCCAGAAGUUGUUCCUUUGGCUGCUCCAGUACUACAACAUCUGCUCUAUUGUAAAGGCGGAGGAACAAGAAGACGAUGCGCUGGAGAUUGGAGAUCACAAUAAAGAGAACAACGAGACACGUCGGAUCAUAGAGGUAAGCGAACGCGACAGAUUGGACUUGGCAUUGGAUGAAUCUCGUCAUGAAGCGGAGCAGGGGAAAGCUAAGCAGCAGAAGAAAAGAACUGUGCGAUUGCUACUCGAGUACGAGCGACCGGUAGUUGAAUCAGAAACAGUGGCCGAACGUGUUCAGAGGGCCAGGGAUAAAGCAGCGGCAGAUGCUCGUGCCCGUGCCGAAGAGUUAGGGAAACCCAGGAGCAGCUUCAGUUUGUUGCAUGACCCAGAGAGAGCAAGACGAACGACUACAGUAAGAAAUUUGUUAGACAACACAGAAACCACCUUCGCUGAUGGGCAGGACGCUCCCACAAGGAUUUUGGAUGACGAGGGCGGCGUCCCUUUGUUUUAUUCUGGAGGCAAAGGUGGUCCAUCCUCUUCGUCUAGCCGUGGCCCCUUGAACCCAUCGGUAGACCCUAAGAGCGACGGUCCAAACCCUGAAGAUAUCGGGGACGACAAGGAACUAGGAGCACCAGGCUGCUUACUAAGCACUUGGGAGGUCCGAUUUAAGCAGAAUCCGGUGUACGAACUGUGCUUGCGAAAGCACUGGGUAAAGUUUUUGGUCCGGCACCAGUUUGCUCAAAACUGGGGUCUUCUCUGCGACCGUCUAGCGGGACGAGCGAGGAGAGACACCGUCAUGUUUUUCAGUCCUGAUUCUCCAUGUGACCCC